UCUCCCCGUUUCACUCCACUUCACUCGCACUCCGAACCGAGUCGGCCGCUCCGCUCCUCCUCCUCCACUUUGUCCGCCUCGGCCGCUCGCUUCCCAUCUCGAAACCCCAAAUCCCCACGCCAACGCGCGCGGAGAUUUCCUCGAGAUCUGCCGCCAUGGUCGCCGCCGGCGCAGCGGCGGCCGCGGCGGCCGCGCCCAGGGUGAACCCGUCGCCGUCCCCGCACCGCCGCCGCGCCUCCUCCGCGCUCUCCCCGUCCAAAUCCGCCAACUCCAACGCCAACGCCAAUGCCGACGCCGCCAGGGGCGGCGGCGGCGGCGGCGGGAAGCCCAAGGGUAAGGCCGUCCCCUCCCGCUACCUCCUCGCCCCCUCCUCCAAAUCCACCUCCACCUCCUCCUCCUCCACCACCACCACCAACUCGUCGGCGACCUCCAACUCCACCUCCACCUCGGCCUCCACGCCCUCCCGCCGCUUCGCGUCGCCGCUCCCGAGGCGGUCCUCCUCCGUCGACCGCCCGCGCCCCACGAGCAAUGCGGCUGCUGCUGGUGGUGACGCCUUGGGGCCCAAUGGCGCUACCACCACCACCACGAGGAGCCUCUCUGUUGCUUUUCAGGGCCGCGCCUACUUCCUGGAGACCAGCAAGGCGAAGCCGGCCACCUCCCCUUCGCCGGUGCGGCGGCCGGUGGCGGCGGCGUCCACCACGCCCGAGAGGAGGCGGCCCAGUAUGGGCACAGUGCCGGAGAGGGGGAAGGUGUUUGAAGGUGGUCAUAGCCAGCAGAGGUGGCCAAUGUCGGCGAGGGCUGCCCAUGGGUUCGAGGGGAAUCCGCUUACCAAGAGCUUGGACUGUUCUCUGGACAAGAGGGGUGCUGCUGUGCUGGCUGCUGUGCGCUCACUGCGGCAGUCAAUGGUGUUCGAGGAGGGGGUGCGGCGCGCCUCGUUUGAUAGCGGUGACUACUUGAUGUCAUCGGACACAGAGAGUGUGUCAUCAGGGAGCAAUUCUGGGUCUCAGGAUGCAGGCAUGGGCAGAGCACGCUCGUCCCCAAAGGGGAUGAGUGUGCCUGCGCGGUUCUUGCAGGAUGCUGCGGCCAGCAGGCCGAAUCGCCUUGCAGAUCCAAGCACACCAUUCAUGACACAUAGCUCUGGGUUUGCAUCAUCUCCCAGGACAGCACCAGUCAAGAAAUCGUUGCUGAAUGGCUUUGUUUCGUCUCCACUGAAUAGGCCAAUUAGGCAGCCUUCACCAAGUAAGCUUGUAGGAUCACGGAGGAUGUCAAGCCCAUCCCAACCAAGGGGCUCUGUGGGGGUGAGUGCAUCAUAUGGAGAUCAGCAUGGAAGAAGUUCAUCUGGUUAUGGGUUGGAUAGUCAAGUGAAAAGGAGGUGGCUUGGGUGUAGUAAGGUUGACUGUGAGCACCUAUUGAGGAUUUUAUGCAAUCGACAUUUGCAGUGGCGGUGUGUAAAUGCACAGGCUGAUGCUGCACUUGCCGCGCAGAAGAUGACUGCAGAGAAAUACUUAAGUGAUGCAUGGAUUACUACCUUAGGAAUGCGUAAAUCUGUUGCUCUUAAAAGGUUUCAGCUACAACUAUUCCGGAACAAUUGGAAACUCAUGACAGUUCUAAAGGGACAAAUGGACUUUCUGGAGGAGUGGUCUUUUUUAGAGAGGGAUCAUGCAAAUUCUUUAUCUGGGAUUGUGGAAGCUCUAACGGCCACCAUUCUUUGCCUUCCUGUUACUGAUGGAGCAAAGGCUGAUAUCCAAGAUGUCAAAAACGCUGUUGGCUCUGCAGUUGACAUCAUGCAGACAAUAGGAAGUUCAAUAUGUACUUUGCUCGCUAAGCUAUCUGGGACAAGUAUUUUGGUUUCUGACCUCGCAAAAAUCGCUACACAAGAGCGCACUUUAAUGGACCAAUCCAGAGAAUUGCUGUCCACACUUGCAUCAAUGCACGUCAAAUACUGUAGCCUACAAGGGCAAAGAGUACAGACGACAACUCACAGGAGGCGUGUGCGUUCGUAGAGCAGACAACUCUUGACUCACUAACCGAAGAGUGUAGGUGCAGUUGCAAAAUCUGGUUGGCUUGCUGGACACCGAGCGAUCAGACUCUUCUGAAGAAGCUAUCGUAGUCUGCCGAUACAAGUUCUAGCGCUCUUUUGGCCCUUUUUUUGGUUCGGUAGGUUCUUAUUGCUGAGUUGAGCUAUGCCAAGCCUAUGUAGAACAGAUUAAAUGCAACUUGUAUAUAGCUGUAAUUUUAGGUGAGCAUUAGGUCUAACUAAUUUAAGGGUUCUUUUUUUGUUCGUUGGAUGACCUUCCGCCGUCGGCGCCAUCAACCAUGUCAAUGCAAUGCAGUAUAUCCUCUAUUCUUCUAUGCCAAA